GUACAUUCAGGGCUAUUAGAAGAACCUCACAUUCCUCACUAUAAAGCCAUGAGGCCUGUUAAUAUGCUUCUUUUCAAUGGCUUUAUUUUUACAUGUCUUACAUUCAACUAUGUGGAUCUCCUUCAGAAAACCAAUGCUACAGGUGCAUCAUGGAAUAUUAUACUAGGCGAUAUCGGUACCAAUAAAUUCUUGAAGGUAAUUGGAUUUCCGGUAGACGUAAAAUACAUCGAUCCAACUUACUUGAUCCAUACAUGUAGUGCAAGUGCAUUGGACGAAACUCUCUUGGUCAUAAUAUUACUAUAUGAUGAACUCUGGCUGAAGGUUGUGGUUUCAAAUUUUAAGAACACUGAAAAUUCCGAUGAGGGUUUUGAUAGUAUAAAACUCAAGGACCAAAAGAUUUUGGAGGAGGAUAGUUCACAAAAUGACAUGGAAGUGUACGAGAAUCUUAUU